AUGAGUGGCCGAAAGUAGUGCAUUUUUGCCAGGAGUACAUAUCUGGGAACCCUGUGCAGAUGCGGAUUUAUUUCCUCCAUUCAAUUCUGUGUUUACGGGUCACAGUAACCUGAAUGGAACUACGUCGAGGUACUGUCCCUUGGGCUCCCGAAAAGCCACUGGCCAGCUGGAUCCCGUUUCCCAGUUUGUGGAGUCCCGGGACGCGGCAUGUGGAGCCCCGCCUCCUGGAGCUCGAGGGCAGAGCCGCCUCGGCUGGGCAGUCUGGCGGGAAAGGGAGUUCAACCCCUAAGGAGAACAGUCACCACACUCAUGGCAGGGAUUUUGCGCUCAAUAGUUCAGAGGCCCCCAGGCAGACUACAAAUGAUGACAAAAGGUGUGGAGCCCCUUGUUUGUACAGAUUGGAUUCGUCACAAAUUUACGAAGUCAAGAAUUCCAGAUAAAGUUUUUCAGCCUUCACCUGAAGAUCAUGAAAAAUAUGGUGGGGAUCCACAGCAACCUCAUAAACUGCAUAUUGUUACCAGAAUAAAAAGUACAAAAAGACGUCCAUAUUGGGAGAAAGAUAUAAUAAAGAUGCUUGGGUUGCAAAAAGCACAUACUCCUCAAGUUCACAAGAAUAUCCCUUCGGUGAAUGCAAAACUGAAAGUGGUUAAACAUUUGAUAAGAAUCAAGCCCCUGAAGCUGCCACAAGGUCUCCCAACAGAGGAGGACAUGUCCAGCACGUGCCUCAAGAGCACUGGAGAGCUGGUGGUGGGGUGGCUUCAGAACCCCACAGACCAGGAAGUGAAUAAGUCCUGAUGGCCUCACAGCUUCAGAGUAAAAAGUGCAAGUCAUUUCUAUUUAAAGAUGCCAAAAUCCAACAGCCAACUGAACCAGCCUGCACGGCUUUGCUGUCCUACCUGCAUCAGCCUGAA